AUGGCCCCUUUUUUCUUUUCUUCGCAGCUUAGUCCCCAUAAGCAAGAUCUUUCCAUAUUAAUGGAAUUGCAGAUUUUGGAACCAGAUCAUCAACUUGUGAGGACGUUUGGACCUAUGUUAAAAGCUUUAACUAUUUCCUCUAUUUAUGAUGGUAGGUUUUGA